UGUGGCUCUAGUUUGUGUUUCAGGAGUUGCACAAACCAAUGGUCAUGAUAUUCACAAUGACAAUCUAUUUAAAUAGCAAAAGCUGUGGAAACUUGUUGUAUCAAUUCAUCGACCACCAAUUAUAUCAUUCUACUCCAAAAUGGCCAAGUACCCUUCAGCUAGUAUUCUACUUCUUGUGGCUCUAGUUUGUGUUUCAGGAGUUGCACAAACCAGUGGUCAUGAUAUUCACAAUGGUAUUUGCAAAUCUCUCGUGGAGACACGAGGCUAUAUUUGCCAAGAACAUCAAGUAACAACAGAAGAUGGUUACAUUCUCGGGUUGCAGAGAAUUCCAUAUGGACGGUCUGGUAGAAAUUCAGCCACAGAUCAGAAGCCGCCUGUUUUGUUGCAACAUGGGCUUAUAAUGAAUGCUGCAGCAUGGCUAGUCAAUCCACCGGAUCAGGCUUUGGCGUUCAUCUUGGCUGACAAAGGGUUUGACGUAUGGCUUGCUAAUUCUCGAGGAACGGACUCUAGCCGUGGACACAAAUCGCUUACUACUAAUGAUCCUGCUUAUUGGGAAUGGACAUGGGAACAGUUGGCUGCUUAUGAUCUUCCUGCGUUGUUCAAUUAUGUGAACAAGCAAACAGGACAGAAGUCACACUACGUUGGCCAUUCCUUGGGAACAUUGACAAUACUAGCUGCCUUGUCCCAACAAAAAUUAAGAAACUCAUUGAGAUCAGCUGCUUUGCUUACCCCAAUUGCUUAUCUGGGUCAGAUAUCCACACUGCUUAUAAGAGUUGCUACUCAAACAUUUUAUGCUGAGCAAUUCUACAUCGUUGGUGUCCGGGAAUUUCCUCCGCUACCGCGAUUAGAACGAACUCUGCAGACCACUAUUUGCAUACAACCGGGCGUGGACUGUUCCAACUUUCUGGCUGCUGUAACAGGUCCAAAUUGUUGCCUAAAUCCUUCAAGUUUAGAUCUUUACUAUAAUCAUACACCACAAUCCACUGCCACAAAGAAUUUCAUACAUUUGUCUCAGAUGAUCAGAAGUGGAACCAUAAGAAUGUUCGAUUACACUCUUCCACUCACAAAUCUGCAGCACUACAAUACGUUGACUCCUCCGGUGUACAACAUGGCAAACAUUCAGAAAGACAUUCCUCUUUUCGUCAGCUAUGGAGGGAGAGAUGCACUUUCAGACGUCAACGAUGUGAAGACUUUGCUUAAUGACCUCAAUGAUCAUGACAAGGACAAGCUUGUCGAACAAUACAUAGAGGAGUAUGCUCAUUAUGAUUUCAUUAUGGGUGAGAAUGCCCGUCAGAAAGUCUAUGAUCCUCUGCUCGCUUUCUUCAGGCAACAUUGAGAUAGAUAUGAUACUUGCUUACUUUGUCCUGGCCAUCUUUAUCUAUGCUUGCCUCAGAGUGAGCCAAGAUUACCUACGGUAAUUUGACCAGCUACGUUUAGCUAGCUGCUUUGAGUGUGUCAGACAGAGACAUUACAUGGUUUAGACUAUCAGAGAGGUGAUAUUAUGUUCUAGUUUUUGCUUUUCAUAUGCCUAGCAAUACCAGACCCUUUCCAUAACGUUCUUUUCUUAGUCCCUUCUGUUAUGUUUAUCCAUUAUAAUAACAUCAAUUUCAGACUGAAUGUAGUACUGCAGAAUGCAGAUUAUGUUGCCCACUGAUGUAUGUAUUAAUUCCCAAUUGAUCAUUUA